UUUACCACAAUGUCCUCUUCUUCAGCCUUUGGCUCCAUGAGCACCAAGGGCAGGACAGAACUUUUCUUUCAGGGAACAUCAUCGGGGGCCAGGAAGCUGUGCCUCAUUCCCAUCCCUACAUGGCAUUUCUUCGGAUCAAGACUCAAACUACAACAGAACAAUGUGGGGGUUUCCUUGUGCGUGAGGACUUUGUCCUGACAGCAGCCCACUGCUGGGGAAGAACCAUCACUGUAAUCCUGGGGGCUCAUGACAUCGAUGAGCAAGAGRCGACCCAGCAGGUCAUCCCUAUAAGAAGAGUCAUCCCCCAUCCAAAUUUUAAAAACGAGCCAUUAAAUGACAUCAUGUUACUUCAGUUGGAAAAGAAGGCCAAGCUGAAUGCUGAGGUGAGCCUCCUSAAGUUACCCUCAAGAAAUUCCCAGGUUACACCAGGGAUGGUGUGCACUCUGGCCGGUUGGGGACGCCUUGGCCAAAACAUAUCCACAACAAAACUGCAUGAGGUACAGCUUGAAAUCCAAAAUGACGAGGAAUGUCACUCUCAUUUCAAAAGUAUAUAUGAAUCCACCACCCAGAUUUGUGUGGGGAACCCAAAAGAGAAGAAGAAUUGUUUUCAGGGAGACUCAGGAAGUCCCCUUGUAUGUGAAAAUGUGGCCCAGGGCAUUGUGUCCUUUGGG